CCCAUUACAAGUUACAAACCCUAGCCCAAUUCACACACACACAAACACCCUCUCUAUACUUCCUGGAAAAUAUUUCUCCAUCCUUAAACCCUAACUCCAUAUCAAUAUCAGUUUGAAUUAAGAAAGAAAGAAGGAAAGAUGUCAGAUGAUGAAAGAGGUGAAGAAAAGGAGUUGGAUCUUUCAUCUCCUGAAGUUGUUACCAAAUACAAAUCUGCUGCUGAAAUUGUGAACAAGGCAAUGCAGUUGGUAUUGUCAGAAUGCAAGCCUCAUGCCAAGAUUGUUGACAUUUGUGAGAAAGGAGAUUCAUAUAUCAGAGAGCAAACUGCUAGUAUGUACAAGAAUGUAAAAAAGAAGAUUGAAAGGGGUGUUGCGUUUCCUACAUGUUUGUGUGUGAACAAUACAGUCUCUCAUUUUUCGCCUCUUGCCAGUGAUGAGACCAUCUUAAAAGAAGGUGAUAUUUUGAAGAUUGAUAUGGGGUGUCAUAUAGACGGUUUCAUAGCUUUGCUGGCGCACACACAUGUUCUUCAGGAAGGUCCAGUGACAGGGAAAGCGGCUGAUGUUAUUGCUGCUGCAAAUUCUGCUGCCGAGGUUGCCUUAAGGCUUGUAAGACCUGGAAAGAAGAACCAAGAUGUGACGGAAGCCAUUCAAAAGGUUGCUGCAGCAUAUGAUUGCAAUAUUGUUGAAGGUGUUCUUAGUCAUCAACUUAAGCAGUUUGUGAUUGAUGGAAACAAAGUUGUUUUGAGUGUCUCAAAUCCCGACACCAGAGUUGAUGAUGCCGAGUUUGAGGAGAAUGAAGUAUAUGCAAUUGAUAUAGUCACUAGCACAGGAGACGGAAAGCCUAAGUUGUUGGAUGAGAAACAGACUACUGUCUAUAAAAGAGCUGUGGACAAGAGCUAUUACUUGAAAAUGAAGGCAUCCCGUUUCAUUUUCAGUGAAAUUAGUCAAAACUUCCCAAUCAUGCCUUUCUCUGCUAGGGCUCUGGAGGAAAAGCGUGCUCGGCUAGGAUUGGUUGAAUGUGUGAAUCAUGAGCUUUUGCAACCAUACCCUGUUCUUCAUGAAAAGCCUGGUGAUUUUGUGGCACAUAUCAAAUUUACAGUUCUUUUAAUGCCAAAUGGAUCCGAUCGUAUUACAUCACACUCCUUACAAGAGUUGCAGACAACUAAAACUGUUGAUGACCCUGAAAUCAAGGCUUGGUUGGCUUUACCAGUGAAGAGCAAGAAGAAAGGUGGCGGGAAGAAAAAGAAAGGUAAGAAAGGCGAAAAAGCCGAAGGUGAUGAAGCAGUUGCAAUGGAUGAAAGCACAAAUGGUGGCACCCAAGGGUGAGAACCAGAUAUCUAUUGUGUAAUUUUGACAAUGCGAAUCCAUUUUGGUUCUUUGUUGCAUCAGAGUCUACUUGAAUGUACGGGUGUUUCCUACAAGGAUGUUUCAACAGAAGAGAGCAUGUACACAGCUUUAUUUGUGUGUUCUUUUCCUUGCCAGAAACAACCCAAAAACAAAGUCUUAAUCGAAAAGUAACUCUUAAAUUCGUGCAUUACAAUAACAUAUAGCCAUGGUGUGUUCAGGAUCA